UGGUUUUGUAUUCCACUAACCACACACUACUGGGUCAACUAGGCCAUCUUAUUAUUAUUAGUAUUAUUACCAUUAUAUUAUAGGUCACAUGCGGUGGCGGCGGUGGCGUACAUACCAACGACUUGGCAUUCCGCGAGACCGUGACACGGUGAASAAAAUAUAUCGCCAUAGGCAAGACAUAUUAUUAUAACAAUAUUAUGAAGUCCACACGGACCACUGGGCUAAGGAAUUAGGCCGCAAACUCGGGUCCCGCCGUUUGUCGCCGGAAAACGUCGUCGUGGCACCGCCGCACGUCGAUUCAUUUUGGGGCUUCGGGAGUUCGGGCAUUGUGGCGCGUCGACAGUCGACACUCGACGUUCGUAAAUCGUGAUAUUAUUGUGAUAAACGGUUAUGGCUGAUAAUGAUGCACAUGUCAUUUCACGAAUUGUUCACGCUGCACUGAAGAUAAGAUAAAUUAAUUUGCGCUGUCCGUGUACGGUGUAUAGACGGCGAAAGUGUAAAAAUGAUUAGUGAUUUUAGUGGCGUGCCAAUUUUAAUUUGUUGACGGUUAUUGGUCGAACUUACGUCAUUAUUGCGCUAACCGGUUUUCACGUAUCGAUCGGCACAGUGCGUGCUCCGGAACGAUACGGCACCCAACAACGAUCCGACGACGUMAUAAUUUUUCGCACGACCUCGUCGACUCRGUGCGCCGGUGCUGCCCGAUACCGACAUAGGUUGUCUGCGGUCCACCCGCCAUUGGGCCCAGUAGGCGCCAGCAGUUUGGUUCACGCGCAGUCGAGUUCCCGCGGCGUACACGGUCGCAUUGGUAAUCAGGAUUUUUGUCGGUGAUCUAACAACAUGAAGCAGCAGUUGGACGUGGUGUCUGACAACCGCUGUUUCGGCGGACAGCAAAAGGUCUACGAACACGACAGUACCGUGUUAAAUUUCCGGAUGAAGUUUGCUGUGUACGUACCAGGCAAUUUGGAAGGACCUGCUCCAGUCUUAUACCUUUUGGGUGGUAUGUCAUGUUCUGAACAAACUUUUAUACAGAAAUCAGGGUUUCAACGAUGGGCAGCACAUUAUGGAAUAAUCGUAGUGUCACCAGAUGUCUGCCCUAGGAUUACUUUUGGCGUUGAAAAAAACGAAAUUGAAGCUAAAGGYUUGUCAUUUUAUGUAAAUGCUGUAAAAAAACCAUGGAACCGAAAUUACCAAAUGUAUUCAUACAUCAAUGAAGAGUUACCUAGUAUUAUUCAGGAGAACUUUAAUGUCAACAAAGACAGACAGUCAAUCAUGGGUCACAGCAUGGGAGGUCAUGGUGCAUUAAUUAGUGCACUCAAAAAUCCUGGCAAAUUUUGUUCAGUCUCAGCUUUUGCUCCAGUUUGCAAUCCUUCUAAAACACCAGAUAUACAAUUUAUAUUAAAGUGUUAUUUUGGAGAUGAUACAAAAACCAUGGAGGAAUGGGAUGCUACUUGCUUAGUAGCUAAUUAUAAAGGACCAGAGUUAAAUAUCCUUAUACAUCAAGGGAAUAAUGAUAAAUAUAAAGAACAAUUAAAAUUGGAAAACUUUGAAAGUGCUUGUGAAAAGGCAGGGAUUCCAAUUUCUAUAAAUCUAGAAGAUGGAUAUGAUCACGGAUUUUAUUUCAUUUCAAGUUUUAUAGAACAGCAUUUUCAUCAUCAUUCAAAAUUUUUGUUUGACUCUUAAUAUUUGUUGAAUUAGUUGUAUUUUUAAAUAGUAUUAUACUCGUAUAAUGAGU